UUACUUAUUAGAUAUUAUCAUCGUAAACUAACUAUCAAACCAAUUAAUAUUCAUAAAGAUAAGAAAGAAAUAUUCUGCUUAGCUAAAUUUCCCCUGUAAUAAAUAUAUUAAACUACUCUUAUCGCUUUAAAGCUUAGUCGUAAUUUGCUACCAAGUAUCAACUGCUGAGAGAUUGAGAGAAUGUCCUUGUUCCGCUCUGUUUGUACCGUGUCCCGGUUCUACAUCGCCUCGAGCGCUCUCGUUCCUGGACUCCUUCGUUUCAAUACUUCCAAUAUUCGCUGCUUUUCAUCGGAGAAGUCAGUAGUACACGCACCAUUGUUUGCUUCGGAAAACAGUAUAAACUCGGUGCUUACGAACUCAUCAAUCUUGAGCAUCUCUCAACAUUGGAAGAAUACGCUUCCGCAAGGGAAAAAAGUAUCUGCUAUUGAUUUGGCUCUUAACUCAGUGGUGAAGGUGUUCACUGUCUCUAACAAGCAUAGAACUUUUCAACCAUGGCAGUUUUGUUUGCAAGAUGAAGGCACCGGCUCAGGAUUUGUAAUCGCGGGAAGGAAGAUUCUUACGAAUGCUCAUGUAGUGGCUAAUCACACAUCUGUUAAAGUCAGAAAACAUGGUUCACCUACGAAGUACAAAGCAAAAGUUCGAGCAAUCGGGCAUGAAUGUGAUUUGGCCAUCUUGGAUAUCGAUAGCGAUAACUUUUGGGAGGGAAUGAACCCCUUGGAACUUGGGGAUAUACCCUCUCUGCAAGAAAAAGUGUAUGUUGUUGGCUAUCCAAAAGGUGGUGAUACCAUAUCCGUUACGAAAGGUGUUGUGUCGAGAGUUGAACUCUUAGAAUACAGUCACAGCGCCACUGAACUACUGGCAAUACAAAUAGAUGCAGCUAUAAAUGAAGGAAAUAGUGGCGGUCCGGUAAUCAUGGGCAACAAAGUGGCUGGUGUAGCAUUCGAAACUCUAGGUUGUUCCGAUAGUAUAGGCUAUAUAAUUCCAACUCCGGUCAUUAGCCAUUUUUUAGAUGCUGUUGAAGAAAGUGGUCAACAUGUUAGUUUCUGCUCAAUAAAUCUAUCAUAUCAGAAUAUGGAGAAUGAUCAACUCCGUAACCACUUCAAAAUGAGCGACGACAUGACAGGGAUUGUUAUAAAAAAAAUAAACCCGCUUUCGGAUUCAUACAAAGUUCUAAAAAAAAAUGAUGUCAUUCUCGCGAUUGAUGGUGUUCCUAUAGGAAACGAUAGUACAGUCCCUUUUCGAAACAAGGAACGAAUAACUUUCAAGCAUUUGGUUUCUAUGAAGAAACCAUGUGAAAGAGCGUUACUCAAAGUCUUAAGAGAGGGAAAAGAGUAUGAGUUUAGUAUUAGUCUAAAACCCGUGCCACGGCUAGUUCCAAUGCAUCAAUUUGACAAGCCUCCAAGUUAUUAUAUAUUCGGGGGUCUUGUAUUUGUACCUCUAACUAAACCAUACAUUGAUGAUGCUUCUAUUUCCAAAUAUGCUCUAGAGAAGAUGCCCAAAAAAGCCGGUGAACAAAUCGUAAUAAUUUCUCAGAUUCUGGAGGAUGACAUCAAUACAGGAUACAACAUUUUUGAAGAUUUGCAGGUGAAGAAAGUGAAUGGAGUGCAAGUGCAUAAUCUCAAACAUCUAUAUAAUCUCAUAGAGGAAUGCUGCACAGAAAAAUUGUUGAUGGACUUGGAGCAAGAUAAUAUUAUCGCCCUCGAUUAUAAAUCUGCGAAAAAAGCCACUUCUAAGAUCUUGAAAAAACUUGAAAUACCCUCGGCCAUGUCCAAGGACCUUAAGCCUAGACAGUUGAAUAGGCGCCGCAGAGUUUCUUGAUAGAGAAUUAAACAUUAAUUUGGCCAGCGGGUCAGCUUCUGAUGCAGCUUUACCCUUUCAAGGAUUGUCACAUUACAUUUUAAAGGAAAUUAAUAAUUACAAGUUUAAUUUUAGGUGUUUGAUUUUCUAAACUUUUUUUUGUUAUUACCAAAUCCAAUAAUAGAGGAUUAUAUAACUGUUAUUGUAGAGAAAGUGAUGUGGCUUCGGGAAGCCAAAUUUUGGAUGUCAAACUGACUCUUCACUCUUAAAUAAGUUCUCUUUAAAAGAGCCUUUAGAAGCUCAACAUUAGGGUUCGGCACAAUGUACUCGUCUUCCCUUCAAACACUCUUUGAUAGCCGUGGGAACUAAAACUUGCUGGUUUCGGCUUAUCCAAAGAGCUUACAUGCUUUAGUUUCGGGUCUGGGGGAUUACGGGCUUUGGUCCAAAACCUCCUCGUAUUAAAUUCUGUUCUUGAGAUGAAAUGGGAAAAUUCUUACACGUGGAGGCUAUAUGAGGAUAUCUCUCCGGUGGCCACAGAGUUCUUGAUGCAGUGCUUUGCGUGGCAGCCUGCAGAUAGGGCCACCGUGUAUGAGCUCUUGGACCAUUCUUUUGUUGCUGAAAAUUAACCUUCCGUUUCUUCUUUCUUUCAUAAGGAAUAUUGCCAAAACAUGAGGAAUUAGAUUCCAAAACCACAAGGCUUGGACUAGUGAGAACGAAAGUGAAACAUCCUCUGGUGACGGCUCUAUGAGUGAUUUUUUUUUUUUUAUGUUUCGGUUAAGUUUACGUGUUUUCUUGUUUUGCAAGAAAACUAAUUAUUGUGACUGUUUUUUUUUCCCAUCUUGCACUUUUGAAUUUCUGUAUUUGUGUAGCGAUCGACAAGUGAGAAUGUGC